CAGAAAGACAGGUUUGGUCUCACUUCCUUUAAAUUACUGGACAUUUCUCACUGUUUGCUGUGAGUCGAGCGUUCGCUCACACCUUCCUCUGGUCCCUGUGGCUGAGCAUCAACCAGCAUCAACAUCUCAUGAUGAGGAGCCAGAUUCUGUUUGUUUUAUCGUUCAUCCUAUGGUCAGCUGCUCAGGAGACCUCACCUGUGACCACCACCAGUUCUGUAAGCAGCAUGUCUGCCGUAACCAUGACGACUAAUGAAACUACAACAACCAAACAAGCCACCACUAACAAGAAUACCCCAGUAUGGACCACACCACAGCCCAGCCUGCUUUGGUCAUUCCUAAACAUGGAAUGUACUAAUUUUGUGUGUGGUGGACUGAUCAUAGCCUGUAUCUUUUUCCUGGUGACCACACUAGUGCUGGCGUGUAAAGUGUGUCAGCUGAGCAGACGCAUCAGGAUGCUAAUCCGCAAUGACGUGGAGCUGGUCAACUCCUCCAAGUACUGGGUGGAAAAGUCCAAAAGUGACAGAAUAAAGUCCAAGGAAGAAGCAAAUGAGACCGCUUCGCUGUUGGCUGACCAGACAAAUCAAGACACUGUUACUGGAGCCACCAUGAAGAAUGGAUCAAAGGUGGACGAGGAUGGUCAAAAAACAGAGGAGAAUGAGGAGGGAGGUGCUUCUGAAAGUGACAAGGCUUCUACAGAAGAUGCUGCAGAGAGUUCCUCCUUCCCAAAUCCUCCAGAUGAAAUCCUUUAUCCUGACGCCGCAGCAGCUGGGGCCUCCUCCUCCUCUGAGGGGGUCAUGGAGGAACCAAAUAACCAGCCUCAAAGAUCAGAAUAAACCCCCCUCCUUCCAAUCCUUUUCUUUUUAUACCAGCUUUUGUUUAAUUCCUGUAAACCAAACAACCCUGUUAGUUAAAGCAUUGCUCUGAUUUCUGUCUUUUAUAACAUUAAAACAUGUGAAAAUG